AUCCAUUGUACAAAUUUACUAUAUGUAUUUUUUUUUAAACAGUUGUAUAUAUUAUAAUAAAUAAUAAGAUUAAAUUAAUUAGCUUUAGGCUAUCAUCUUUGGGAUAUUAUAGGUUUGGGAUAGUGGCAAAACAAAAUGAAAAAAUAAAACGAGCAAAACCAACAAUGGAACAAAUUAUUCUUUUCAAAGCAAUUUGGGGGCUUUCUUUGUUUCCUAGCCUCUUUCCCUUAAGUGGAGCUGUUUUGAAUAGCCGUGACGUAGAAGGGAAGAAAAAACCUCCUGCAAUUAUUCCCAUAAGAGCCCCAGUUCCAAGAAACUGCGAUGUCCUUGCGGAGAAAGCACCUCAUGGACAAUGGAGCUCAAUCAGAAAGAGGUCCUCAUUCUCUCCGCUAUUGACGGAUGUAUUCUGUUCUGGGAGGACAAUACCGAAGUUGAAGGAACAUCUGGGUAUGGUGUCUUCAGGAGAACAUAUGCACGAAAUGUGAGGGAUAUGCUGGCACAAAAAAUGGUCCAAAGUAAUGUUUUAUCGUUGUGCAGAAAUAAUCGACUAUAGAUUAUUUAGGUUAGGAAGUUGAUUGGAGGUUUCAGUAACAGAGAAAAAUAAAAAAAACUGUCAACUUUUCUGUCUAGGUUUCAGUGCUUCACUAUGGCCGAGGAAAGACAAGAUAACAAUGUUAUGAUAAUAAGAAAGAGGAAGAAAAAUUAUAAAUAAUAAACAUAUAAAAAUGAUAUGUUAAAUAAUAAGUUAUAAGAAGUGAAUAAAAAUUGCUUUGUAUAAGAUAAAUCGAAAUAUAAAAUUAUGAGAUAUAAUGACUAGGAAUAAAAUAUAUGU